CUCACAGACUCAUAGCCCUUCAACCGCGCGUUUUGCGCGGUUGUGCGCGGGACCAAAGACUGUCCCCAUGGGAAACUUCAGUACCGUGAUGUGUGCCCAGUGCUCCAGCAUUAUGACAGAGGCGGUGGGCCGAAUGGUGGGCUACUUGCUGGCCACGAUCUUCUUCGCAGCCGCCCUGGUGAUGACGCUGGCGGCGCUGGUGGUGCUCUUGUUGGGCUCCAUGUUCUCCCUCUUGAUCCACGACUACAUCACCAGCUCCCAGCAGCUUGUGGGUCUGGCGAUGCUGGGCCUCAUCCUGCUGCUGCCCGCCGUGGCGCGGGGCUCGGGCCGCGACGCCACUCUGCUGGACGCUGCCCUGGCGCUGUCGGGGGUGGCGCUGCUGCUGGCAGUGCUGGCGGGACUGCUCCGAUUCAGUUUGUUGCUGCCCGUCGCCCUCUGUGUGCUUUUCGGGACCCCGAUCACGCUGUGCUGGUGUCAACUGUGCCUCCUCUUUCCCGACUGGAUGCAGGACUUCUGCUGCGAUUUCUGGCCGUCGCGCUUGCGCGGCUCGGAGCCCCUGCUUGCGGCGGAACGGCCCAAGGUGCUGGACAUGAGCGAGCUCAUGGAGACCUACUUCGACCAGUGCUUCGACUGCGGCCGGGAGCUGCUGAAACGACGCCCGGACGUGUGGCUCACCAAGGAGGACUUGGAAGCAAUGAUGCCGGAUGUCAUCGUCGGCUUGCCCGCCCUCGCCUUGCUGCGGGUACUUGAGGAGACCUUGCAGAAGGGCCAGGCCGAAGGCUUCUUCCUGGCGGACGGGUCGGUGCUGACGGACGCCAACCGCCCCGGCACUCGCGGGGCGGCCGAGGCCUACCGCUGGGCUUUGGAGGCGAAGAAGGCACUCGCAGAGCUGAAGCCGACGAGUGAGGAGUGCCUCUUCAUCGAGGCCCGCGCGCUCUGGGAGGACACCUCGGCGCCCAACCCGGAGCUCCGCGAGGGCUCCGAGGUGGCGGCGCGGGGCCCGCUGCGGUGCACAGCUCCGGGGGUGGCGGGGCUCUUCGGCGCCACCUGCCACGUGGCCGGCCGCGGGCACGUGACCCGUCUCCUGCGGGGCAAGGUGGAGGUCGCCUGGCCCAGCGGCCGCGGCCUCCACCGCGCCGCCGACCUGGCCGACUCCGACGGGCGGCGGCAGCUGCACAGCGCCUGGCGCGGGGAGCCGCCGGACCCGCAGCGCCGGCGCCUGGCGGUCGUCGUGGCCGGGCGCUUGCGGAGCGUCGCCACCUUCUUCACGCGCAUGCCCUUCUUCCAGCAGAACUUCCGCAGCAAAGUGCUGGAGCCCCUGCUGAAGGGUCACGACCAGUGGCGCGACUCCGCGUCACCGGCGCGGUCCCCGCCCUCCAUGAGCCGCCUGGCGCAGGCGCUGGGCGCCGCCGCCGCGUGCGAGCUGGCCCGCCUCGCGUGAGGUCUCGGGAGAGGCGGCUCAUCAACUUUGAAGUGACCCUUGCUGGUCCGUCGCCUGCGCGAGAGAUGGCCCGGUCGGCUAUCAAGUUGAAGGGCCUUGUACAUAGAGCUUGGAAGCCACUGGGUCAGACUCUUGCUGGUGAUAAAAGCCGUUCCAUUUGGAACAAAAAAAACCUGGCUCGGUUGUCUUGAGGUGCUCCGGCUUGUGAGUCAACCACCUGGGAAAAUGGUGCCCUGAGCAUACCGGUAUAUGUGUUUGCGUCCAUGAAGGAGGUGUAUACCCACUCCGACGUGGCCCGUUUCGCCGUGGAUUCUUGCAUUGCCUCACAGUUCUGGC